AGCAGCUCUUCCGCACAAUGAGCCUCAAUACUCAAGACCUGGCGGAGCACUUCACGUGGGUCGACUACACCGUGUUCGGCCUCAUGCUCGCUGUGUCGGCAGCCAUCGGCAUCUUCUACGGCCUGUGUAGCAAGAAGAAACAGGACACGAAGGAAUUUCUCAUGGCUGGCAAGUCCAUGACGACUUUCCCGGUUGCCAUGUCCCUGAUUGCGAGCUUCAUGUCCGCCAUCACCCUCCUGGGAACGCCCGCGGAAGUUUACCAGUACGGCUUCUUGUACUGGUUAAUCGGUUGGUCGUAUAUCCUGGUCAUGCCUUCUGCUGCCUACCUGUACUUCCCGGUAUUUCAUAAAUUACAGGUAACGUCCGCCUACGAGUACCUGGAAAUUCGGUUCAACAGAAAAAUCCGGUGGAUGGGGUCCUUCACCUUCAUAUUGCAAAUGUGUCUCUACAUGGCCAUCGUGGUCUACGCCCCCGCCCUCGCUCUCUCUCAGGUCACGGGUAUGAAUGUGUAUUUCUCCGUCAGCCUGAUUUCCUUCGUGUGUAUUUUCUACACUACCCUUGGAGGCAUGAAGGCCGUGCUGUGGACGGAUGCUAUACAGGUCAUCAUCAUGUUCGGCAGCGUGCUCUUCGUCAUCAUCAAAGGGACGAUCGACGUGGGCGGCUUCGCGUACGUGUGGGAGAAGAACAGGGAGUGGGGACGCAUCGAGCUCGUCAACUUCGACCCGAACCCGACGACUCGACACUCCAUCUGGACGCUCGUUAUAGGCGGGUACUUCACCUGGAUCGCUAAUUAUGGGGUCAAUCAGGCGCAGGUGCAGCGCUACCUCUGCGUCCGAACCAAGGCGAUGGUGGAGCGCGCCCUUUGGAUCAACAUGGUGGGCCUCUUCGUCCUCAUGAUCUCCUGUGCCUUCGGGGGCCUCGUCAUCUUCGCCCGCUACUGGGACUGCGACCCCAUCAGCGCCGGCGUCGUCAGUUCGGCCGACCAGCUGAUGCCCCUCUUCGUCAUGGACAUCCUCGGCGACUGGAAGGGCCUGCCCGGGCUCUUCGUGGCGGGCAUCUUCGCCGGCGCCCUCAGCACCGUCUCCUCCGGCAUGAACUCCCUGGCGGCCAUCGUCCUCGAGGACUUCCUGAAGAAUGGCUGCUACGAGGCCAUCUCCGAGCGGGCGUCCACGGUGGCGUCCAAGCUGCUGUCCCUCUUCUUCGGCCUCCUGACGUUCGCUCUCGUGUUCGUGGCGGAGCAGCUCGGGGGCGUCCUGUCGGCUGCCCUCAGCAUCUUUGGCAUGGUAGGAGGACCUCUCCUCGGCCUCUUCUCACUGGGCAUGUUCUUCCCGUGGGCCAACAGCGUGGGCGCCGCCGUCGGCCACGUCUGCGGCCUCGUCUUCAUGUUCUGGAUCGGCAUCGGCACGCAGGUCGGCCUUGCAACGGGCGACGUCGCCUACGACAAGAAGCCGUUCGACGUGAGUGGUUGCAACUUCACUGACGCCUCCGCCGGGGUCUCGUCGACCACCGCGGGCUUCCUGCCUUCCACCGAGACGUCCUUCGAGGCCACUGAACCUCCCUCGGGCAUCCUAGGACUGUACAACCUCUCCUACAUGUGGUACUCGGCCACGGGGUGCUUCACGGUGAUCGUCGUCGGAUUAGUGGUGUCUCUGCUGACGGGCGGGAGGGACCUGGGAACCCUCGACCCUCGCACGCUCUCGCCUCCGCUGCUGUGGCUCAGGAAGUGGGUCCCGGCUCUCAGGGUCGUCGGGGAAGAUCUGGACGGCGAGUUAGACGAACUUCGCGAAACUUCGACCUCCGAGAAGGACGGCGACGACCUGACAUCCGUCAUCUCGAAACUCCCUCCGAGCACGCUGGACGGAUCCCUGAAGGAGGCGAAGACAGACAAGCCGCCCGUCGUGCUGGACGUCCAGGCGGUCGCACGUGACGAUCCUGCGAAGCUGAGGCCGUCGACGUCUGACUCCGCACUCAAGGAGGGUUCCAGCAGGAUGGGAAUCCUGCAGGAGGAGGAGGAAAAGGAGGACGAGCGCAGCGAGGACCUCGGCGUCGAUAACAGCGCCAUGUCAUUAGACGACGAGGACGAGGCGGCGACCUGUAAUCUCCCGACCCCGACGACGCACCUUUGAAAACCGGCGACAGGUGUUUGGUAUGAGUAGUGUUCGUUGCGGCAAAUGCUGGCCUUUUAAUAACUGUACACCUGUUGAAAAAGGGUGACUAAAUUUGAGUGUUUUCACAGCACAAGAAAUGUUUUGGACAGUUUUCGACUCUCUGACGAAGGUUUAAUCGAAGGUUUAAUGCGCCGUGGAGACAUUCGUUCUCAUUCAUCCUUUUUCUACAGGUAUAAUAGCAAUUGAAGGACGAUCAGCUGCCAAGAUAACGCUUAGGAAUACAUAGUCUUGUUCUUAGGUUUGUUAUACCAAAAGUUACCUUGAGUUGCAAAUGAAAGUAAAAAUAAUUAUAUCCAGAGUUCUCAGUCUGUGAAGCGGAAUGAUAGAACUCUAUAUGCUUGUAAUCUGUGUUAUUUUAGCACGUUAAAGCAACAGUUUAUGGUCAAGCAUUACGUGUUGAACAUCAUUUUUAAUUUAUAACUUUUGUGCUAACUGAAAUAGGAUAGGCGGUCGUGAGUUGUGUGUGUGUGUGUGUGUGUGUGUGUGUGUGUGUGUGUGUGUGUGUGUGUGUGUUUCGAGUGUUAGGUAAAGUAUGAUUAAAUCUUGUAAAUGGAAAAACAUAUUUAUUUUGGUUACUUUUAGUCAUGUAAUGUGUAAGCAUAAUCUUAAGCACAGGUCCCAUGUCAUAUCUCGACAACCAUAGGCCACUAAUUUAGGUUUUUAAUCUAUAUUUUCUAAACACAGUAUGAUUUUCUGUACAUACUAUCCAUUGUUACCUUCUUCUUCUUCAACAAGGAUUAUGACUGCAUUUGUAAAUAGGCGAUUUUUUAUUCUUAACUCAUCAAAGAAAAUAGGAAUAUAUUCAUGUACCUAUAAACCCUGUGUUGUUUCCUAGCUAGAAGCACAAUUAGCAAUAUAUAAACGGGCAUUUGUGUAUGGGCAUGUUAUCUAGCCGUCAUAUCAACAGGCAAUAUUAUGUAAAUAAGGGAUUGCCUGACACAGAAUAAUGAGGUAAAAGAGAUUUUUGAAGCAACUGGAUAAUCACGAACGAAACUCUGGUGGUGAAUGAAGCUUCGAAACAACUCCAAACGGGAACAAAUGAGUCACGUGAUUUGGGUCUUUGAGACGGAAUUCGAAACACGUGUUGGCGAAGGAGUUUUGACUGCCAUUGUACAGUACAUGUAUGUUUUAUUCUGCGUAAGUGUGUGUGAGAGUUAAGAUAACCUGAAUCCCUCUUAUGUUUCAUCUGGGAAUUGUAUUAAAAAAAAAAACAGGAUAUUUUAAUUGUAUGAUUUAAUCGAAAUCAGACUAUAAUAGAAUAGUUUCACGCGUACUUUCACAUGUAAAUAUUUUUUAAAAACUUACAACAAUGUAAUGAAGGUAUAUGAGCAAAUUUUGCAUAAAUAUAAAAUACGUGUAUUUUUUGUA